AUGAUUUUGGAUGAGGAAUCCGAGGAAGGAAGCACAGCAGAGUCUUCUGAAUCAGAGAUCGACGACUCUCCGUCAAAGCGCCACAACCAGAAGGCUAAGCACAUAGACUAUGCUUAUCGUAAGGGCAAAGGCAAGAACACAGCUCUGGAUAUCGAAAGUGAGGAUGGUCAGAGCAGCGAGGUCGAAGACAACGAGCCCUCUCUGGAAAACUUCAAACUCCCAAGUGAGACCCAGCGUCGGAACGCCAAGCAGAAAAAUACGAAGCACAGCAGCCAUGCCAAAUACUCUACAAACCAUAGAGUGGCAAAGGGAAGAGACAGUCCCCUCUACGCAGACAUCAAAUCCUCGUUCUCCCACGCAGAUCGUCCGACCAUCCAGCGCAAGCGUGGUGUGAAGCGUGACAGAAACCCAUACGAGUUCGAGGAUGAAUCCACAGAAGAAAGUGCCGACGAGUCAUCUGGUGCAGAGAUGGACGCCUCUUCUUCCCGUGCUAGCCAUAGCCGAAUAAAGGGCAAGCGUCUCGAGAAACCCGGUAGACUGUCUGGUGCCUCGGACAAUGAUAGUGACAUCGAUGAAGAAGUUGGACGCCGAGCUGCUCGAGCAUUUUCCAAGGCCAAUCCAGUCAAGAACAAAUAUCAGACUGGGAAUUGCAAGAAGCUUGACAAAAGCAAUGACCUCGCUGUGUUCCGUGUUAAAGACCUCGCUCGACAAGCCGUGGAUGGUCCUACUCUGAGUGGAGAUGCACCGAAAGUCAAGGCCAAGUCCCAGAAUUGGAAUCGCAAGAAGAUUGGCAAAGCCAAUGACCUCACUGGAGGAGCUACGGGUGGUUCUACUCUAGGAGGAGAUGCACUGGAGACAGAUGGUCGCACCGCGAGGAGCACAAAGCAUGGAAGUGGUGACUCUAUGGAUGAGGAGGAUGAGGAACCCGAGGAGCCUGAAAUUGGUCAUGUCUGA